GGAAGCGUCGUGCACUGGGCGACUGAGGUGACUCCGGCGAUUGGAGCAGCGAGGAGGAGCGCGGGUGGCCCGGCGCAGUGCCCGAGCUGCCCCCGCCAUCUCGCCCGUCCGGUUCUCGGAGCCCCGCGCCCCGCCCUCGCCUCACCUGGCACAGGUGGACACCUGAAGGAAAGGCGCAGGCAUGGGGGACAGCGCCAACCACCUGCCCUUCUUCUUUGGCAACAUCACGCGGGAGGAGGCGGAAGACUACCUGGUCCAGGGGGGCAUGAGCGAUGGGCUCUACCUGCUGCGCCAGAGCCGCAACUACCUGGGUGGCUUCGCCCUGUCCGUGGCGCACGACAGGAAGGCGCAUCACUACACCAUCGAGAGGGAGCUGAAUGGCACCUAUGCCAUCACGGGUGGCCGGGCCCAUGGCAGCCCAGCCGAGCUCUGCCACUACCACUCCCAGGAGCUGGACGGCCUCGUCUGCCUCCUCAAGAAGCCCUUCAACCGGCCACCGGGGGUGCAGCCCAAGACGGGCCCCUUUGAGGACCUGAAGGAGAACCUCAUCCGAGAAUACGUGAAACAGACGUGGAACCUACAGGGCCAAGCUCUUGAGCAGGCCAUCAUCAGCCAGAAACCUCAGCUGGAGAAACUGAUCGCCACCACAGCCCAUGAAAAAAUGCCCUGGUUCCAUGGAAAAAUCUCUCGGGAUGAAUCUGAGCAGAUUGUCCUGAUAGGAUCAAAGACAAAUGGAAAGUUUUUGAUCAGGGCCAGGGACAACGGGUCCUACGCGCUGUGCCUCCUGCAUGAGGGCAAGGUGCUGCACUACCGCAUCGACAAGGACAAAACGGGGAAGCUCUCCAUCCCUGGCGGGAAGAAUUUCGACACACUCUGGCAGCUGGUCGAGCACUACUCUUAUAAAUCAGAUGGUUUGUUAAGAGUUCUUACAGUUCCAUGUCAAAAAAUUGGUGGUCAAUCGGGAAAUAUUAACUUCCGUCCACAACUUCCAAUUUCUCAUCCUGGGAGUUGGUCAGCGGGUGGAAUAAUCUCAAGAAUCAAAUCAUACUCCUUCCCAAAGCGUGACCACAGAAAGGCCUCCACAUCCCCAGGGAACCAGGCAGAUAGCUCUGCAACAUUCAACCCUUACGAGCCAGACCGAGGGCCGUGGGCCAACGAGAGAGAAGCUCAGAGAGAAGCCUUGCCCAUGGACACUGAGGUCUACGAAAGCCCCUAUGCAGACCCCGAGGAGAUCCGGCCCAAGGAGGUCUACCUGGACCGGAAGCUGCUGACCCUGGAGGACAAGGAACUGGGCUCUGGGAAUUUUGGGACCGUGAAGAAGGGCUAUUACCAGAUGAAAAAAGUUGUGAAAACAGUAGCUGUGAAAAUCCUGAAAAAUGAGGCCAAUGACCCUGCUCUUAAGGAUGAGUUAUUAGCAGAAGCAAAUGUCAUGCAGCAGCUUGACAACCCUUACAUUGUGCGCAUGAUAGGGAUUUGUGAAGCUGAGUCCUGGAUGCUGGUCAUGGAGAUGGCAGAACUUGGUCCACUCAACAAAUAUUUACAACAGAACAGGCAUGUCAAGGAUAAAAACAUCAUAGAGCUGGUUCAUCAGGUGUCUAUGGGAAUGAAAUAUUUGGAAGAGUGCAAUUUUGUGCACAGAGAUCUGGCUGCAAGGAAUGUAUUGCUGGUUACUCAACAUUAUGCCAAGAUCAGUGAUUUUGGACUUUCUAAAGCACUUCGUGCUGAUGAAAACUACUAUAAGGCCCAGACCCACGGAAAGUGGCCUGUGAAGUGGUAUGCUCCGGAAUGCAUCAACUACUACAAGUUCUCCAGCAAGAGUGAUGUUUGGAGCUUCGGAGUGUUAAUGUGGGAAGCGUUUUCUUAUGGGCAGAAGCCAUAUCGGGGAAUGAAAGGCAGUGAAGUUUCUGCUAUGCUGGAGAAAGGAGAGAGGAUGGGGUGCCCAGCAGGGUGUCCGAGAGAGAUGUACGAGCUGAUGACCCUGUGCUGGACCUAUGACGUGGAGAACAGGCCUGGAUUCGUAGCUGUGGAACUGCGGCUGCGCAAUUACUACUACGACGUGGUGAACUAAAGGCUCCCACGCCGUCUGUGGCUGCCUUUCAGCAGAUGAGCGGCUGCGGAAAGACUAUUCUAGUGCGUUGAUUUUGAGCCUUCAUCUCCCUCUGCCCAUCGGGAGAGACGGCUCAGGUGGACCGUGUCCGUGACUGUUAUUCCCCCAAAGCCUGUCCUGGAACACGCCCUCCACAAAGUAAACCCGUCCCAGAGAAGCGGUGGGAAGACAGACAGACACCAGGACUAAGGAGCCUGUGGCUUCGUGAGUGUCUCUUGUCCAUGUGGCACAUUGUUUGCAGGAUUUGUUUGCAAAUUCCUUUCUCACUUUCCAGUUCUCCGGCUCCUGGGUUGCAUUUGAACACUCAGCAUCACCACGGCGUGCUGAGUGAGCCCUCUUGCCGACCUCGGCUGCAAUUUCUGGAGGAUGCCUUUGGCUUGUGGCACCUGCCAGGGAGGGAAAGGAGAGGAGGAGGGGUUUGACUGCCUCUAGAACAUGGCUCGGACAGGUCCUGAGACUGAGUCCUGCCACUGAAAAACUUUCCCCAAUAAAAGUGCUUUGGGGCUUAAAAACCAACAAACAAAUCAGGCUGCAUCAGUGCAGUUUUUAAGCCUGUAGCCCAGUUCAGGGAAAAGAGAAAGUUUGGAUCCUGCUUUUGCUCCGUGUGUUCUAAGGCAGAAAGUUCGGGUCUACGUGGAAAAUGGGGCCUGCUGGAAUGAAUUGGCUUGGCCUAGUCUCCCCGCAACAGCCCCUCUCCUUCAGACUCUCUGAAGACUAUACUUGACUGAAGACUAAUAAAGAAGGUUUUUUGUAAAGAUCCAGUAUGGGAGAAGGUGCCCAUCAUCUCAGGUCUGACCAAGGACAGACUGCAGGGUGCUGUGGGCUGUUGUCUGCUUAUCCAAGCUUCCUCUGCUGCAGUUGGAAUUCCCUGACUUUUUCUGUAUUCAUAGUAAGGGACAACCUGAUGGCCAAGGCCAUCUAAAGAUAAGUUUCUGAGGCAAGUAUUAAUUCAAAAUAAAGCCAAAGACCCUGCCCUGCCCACAAGUAAGCCUCACUGAGUUUGAUUUUCAGUUGAAGCUACAAGACCCAGGAAAUCUUUUCUAGUCCCCUACUUCUUAGUUAAUCCUGACUGUUUGAUCAUAUGCAGGGCAUCAGCUCAUUGAUAUCAGGUUUGCUGUAGCCCUUAAAGGUAGGUGUUAAUUGGCCAUCCUUCUUAGGUCUGUCAAGACACAUAAACUCAGACCAUCUCAUCAUCAGUUGCGUCUACAUCCAGCUGAUGGCCAGAGGAGGAGGCCCCACUCCUAACAGGGGAGCUAGGCACAGAGAAAGGCAUCAGUCAGCACUCCAGCUUAACCAGAAAAGACAUGAGUCCCCUGGUGGAACUUGUGUUAAAAAACUUUCAGAAACUACCCAUGCUUUUUGGAAUCAUGCCACCUGGUGGUUUAUUCACUGUGUUAAAGAGAGGAUCCCUAUGUGCUGAGCAGAUACUCAAUGCAUAGCACAUUGAAAUUAUAAAGAUUAGUGACACAAUCGCUGUGGUCAGGCUGUGUAGAAUUAUCAGAGGAAGAUCUGGAUAAAGCGAGGAUGGCAUCUAAGAAAGAGGCCACAUGCAUACACACUGCUGGACUCCCAGCGUCCUUCUUCAGCCCUAAAGUGUGUCUGUAGCCGAGGCCACAUGCAUACAGGAAUAAGGGGCGUGCGUGUAGUGAGUGUGCAGAGCUCUUUCCUUCUUUCCAGUGGGAUUGUCCACUGCCUCUCAUCUCCUCACCCCUCCCCGGAGUCAGGGGAGGAAGGACAUCUAGAAUGCUAGUGGGCAAGAGAAACCCAGCCUGGGAGGCAGCCAGCGCUUCCCCCUCCCACUCUGUCCUCUGCUUCUCGCCCAGCGGAGAGACACCUGAGUGUAGAAUUCCUCCUGUGGCCAGUGUCCACGUCUCAUCCAGUGAAAAUUGUGUCCUGUGUGAUGGGUAACUCUCCUUUCCCCUGGGGUCACAGAGGAGGGGACACAGGGAAAGGCAACCUUGUAGAAGAGGAAUUUGUGAUGUAAAUGAGCAAAAUUUGGAAGGUCAGGGCCUCCCAUGGGGCAUCUGGCCUGGGCUGGGCUUUCACAUGCGUGCUGCCCUUCUGAUGGUUCUAAGCGCGUCUUUACCCUGAUCUGGGCUCACUCCAUGUGCCUACACCUUUCAGUUCACAUUUAACAGGAACAAAAGGACAGCGUGAUGGACACAUUGCCGUAGCCAGCAUCAGUUGUCUGCUGAUGCCACAAACACCUUGUUCCUUAGUGGGACCACAAGUUUUUGUAACAGAAACAUAAUUCAUUCUGUGGGUAAAACAAUAAAUGCUUUUUGUCUGAACCUGUUCUUUCCCUGCAAUUGCUGGUAUCAGCCUUGCCUUUGCCACUGGAUGGUGACUUCACAUUUACCCCCAACCAAUGACUGCAGAACCCCACCCGGGUUUUCACAUGUGGGGCCGACUGCUGGAGUGUCAGGCCUCCAGCCUUCCAAGGAGCACAGUUGACCAGUUAAUCGGGGCGUCGUAUUCUCCAUUCAUUUCAGAAGAGCAAUCUUUUGUCACUGGACUUUUUUUCAACUGUAAUUUUUAAUAAAAAAUUUAAAUGAG